CUGCCGGCCACGAUGCCGCCGUCGGCCGCGCCGCCGCCGCUGACGCCCAACGUCUACGCCGAGGAGCCGCCGUUCUGCGACUCGCCCGCGUCGGGCUCGCGCUCCGCCGGCGCCGCACGCAGCAACGGCGCCGGCUCGUCGUCGGGCUCCUCCGCCAAGCCGUCCACGCCCGCCUGCCGGCCUGAUGCACAGCCCGAGAUCGACGCGCGCUUCCACCGCGCCGACGGCAUCGGCGGCCUCGGCCAGGGCACGGCGGCGACGGGCGACCGCGGCGCCCAGGCGCGCUUCGAGACGCUCGACGAGAUCCGCACCGCCAACGCCGAGCUGACGGCCGAGUACGCGGCGCGCCACGCCGGCGCGCCGCUGAGCGGGCGCAUCAUCCAUGUGAGCCACUACCUGCCGUUUGUCAUCCGUGCGCGCGCCGAGGUCGAGCACGAGCGGCAGCGCGAGCAGCGUGUCAGCGCCACGGCCAACGUCGCCGCCAUGGCCGCGGCGGCGCGCGCCAAGAAGGCCGCGCGCCUCGCGGCACAGCAGGCUGAGGGACUCGACGCUACGGCGGGCAAGAACCGCAAGGGCAGCUUCAUCGACGGCAUGCACGAGACGACGGACCUGGCCAAGAAGCUGGCCGAAAACCAGGCGCGCAGCCGCGUCAAGGCGGGCCGCCGCGCGUGGAUGAUGACGCCCGUGGUCGACGACGAGGACGAGGAGGACCUCGACGCGCUGCCCAAGGACACCUUCACGCCCAUUGGCUCGCGGCGCCAGUCGGCAUGGAGCGAGGCGAGCCGGCACAUGUCCUUCUCGCAGCACCUCGACGACAACCACUUCUCCGCCGUGUCGGACGAGAACUCGCCGGCACGGACGCCGCAGCGCGUGUUCGCCAGCACGCCGCCGCCGCCACCGCCACCGCCGCCGGAGUGGGUGUUGGCGCCGCGCCGCGGGCACACGGCGCUCAACUCGGGCAUCCGCUCGCUCUGCGCCACGCACGCGCAGACAUUCAUCGGCUGGCCAGGCGACAUUGCGUUCGCGGCACAGGCCAAGAACGACGAGCGCAAGGAUGCCAGCGAGACGACGCCCAAGGAGCGCGGCGAGAUCGAGGGCGUGCUGGCCUCGCUCGACGACGCGCGUAACUGGGCGGCUUACGAGCCGGCCGAUACGGGCGCCGGCGCGCCGCAGCAGGGCAAGGUGCCGACGCCGAUGAUGAACGGCGCCGAGCCCGUCGACGCCAGCGGCCAGCCGGGCAAGGCCGUCGAACACGGCAUCAAGUACGUGCCCGUCUGGCUCGACUACAACGUCGCGCACGGCCACUACGAGGGCUACUGCAAGACCACGCUCUGGCCGCUGCUGCACUACCUGCUCUGGCAGGACGUGCCAGCCGACCGGCGUGUCAACUACGACGAGUACGCGUGGGACGCGUACGUGGCGGCCAAUGAGGCCUUUGCGCAGCGCAUUGCCGCCGAGUAUCAGGCCGGCGACAUUGUCUGGGUGCACGACUACCACUUGCUGCUCGUGCCGCAGAUGCUGCGCAAGCUCGUGCCGGACGCGCACAUCGGUCUCUUUGUCCAUGCGCCGUUCCCCAGCUCGGAGAUCUUCCGCUGUCUGCCACAGCGCCGCGAGAUCCUCGACGGCAUGCUCGGCGCCAAUCUGGCCUGCUUCCAGGCCUUCUCGUACUCGCGCCACUUCCUCUCUUCCGUUAUCCGCGUGUGCGGCUACGAGGCAUCGCCGAACACCGUCGAGGCGAGCAAUGGGCGUGUCACGACGAUUGGCUACAAUCCCAUCGGCAUCGACGCCGAGAAGAUUGCGCGCGACAGCCAGGCGGCCGGCGUGGCGCCCAAGAUUGCGGCGAUCCGCGACAUGUACCGCGGCAAGAAGCUCAUCGUCGGCCGCGACAAGCUCGACGUGGUGCGCGGCGUGAUCCAGAAGCUGCAGGCGUUCCAGAAGCUGCUCGAGGAGUUCCCCGAGUGGCGCGGCCAGGUCGUGCUCAUCCAGGUCACGGCGCCGGCGCUCAACGACUCGCCGCUACUCGAGCGCCAGGUCUCGGAGCUCGUCAGCCAAAUCAACGGCGAGUUUGGCAGCCUCAACUUCACGCCCGUGCACCACUACCACCAGAUCAUCGAGCGCGACGAGUACUUUGCGCUGCUCAGCGUUGCCGACCUGCUCCUCGUCACCGCCGUGCGCGACGGCAUGUCGACGACGCCGAUGGAGUACAUUGUGUGCCAGGAGCGCGCUAACAAGGCGCCGCUCAUUGCCAGCGAGUUCAGCGGCAGCGUGGGCCGCCUGCGCUCCGCUAUCCAGAUCAACCCCUGGGCUACGGCGCACGCGUGCAAGGCCAUUGACUAUGCGCUGCGCCUCUCCGACGAGGAGCGCAUCUCGCGCCACGAGCAGCUCUACCACCAGGUCAUCAGCCACACGUCGCACACGUGGGCGGCGUCGCUGGUGCGCCUGCUGCUGCAGCGUCUCGUCUCGGCCCAUGCCACGCACCUCACGCCGCCGCUCGACCGCAUCGCCAUGGUGUCACAAUUCGAGGGCGCCAAGAAGCGCCUCCUCCUGCUCGACUACGACGGCACGCUCACGCCCAUCGUGAAGGAUCCCGCAGCGGCUGUGCCGUCGCCGCGCCUGCUUGAGGCGCUCAAGAAGCUCACCGAGGACAAGCGCAACCUCGUGUACGUCAUCAGCGGCCGCGACGCCGACUUCCUCGGGAAGCACCUCGGGCACCUCGACAACAUGGGCUUCAGCGCCGAGCACGGCGGCUACAUGAAGGAGCCCGGCGAGACCGAGUGGCGCAACCUCACCGAGCAGCUCGACAUGUCGUGGAUGGCUGCGGUGCGCGCCGUGUUUGAGUACUUCACCGAGCGCACGUCGGGCAGCGAGAUCGAGGAGAAGAAGAGCGCCAUGACGUGGCACUACCGCAAGGCCGACCCGUCGUACGGCGAGUUCCAGGCGCGCGAGGCGCAGGCGCACCUCGACAACCUCGUCGCGCAGCAGAGCCUGCCCGUCGAGGUCAUCGUCGGCAAGCGCAACCUCGAGGCCAGACCGCUCGCCGUCAACAAGGGCGAGAUCACGCGCCGCAUUCUCUACGCCAACCCGGACGCCGAGUUUGUGCUCGUGGCGGGCGACGACCGGACCGACGAGGACAUGAUGCGUGUGCUGUGCGAGCUCAGCCCAGGCCCGCCGACGGCAGCCGAGGCGAAUGCCGCCAACGGAGGCAAGAGCAGCAGCAAGAGUUCGACACCGAGCGUGCCUGCGCACUGUGCGGCGGCGUCCUGCCCAGCGCCGAACAGCGCGCCCCUGGUGCUCGCGCCGCCUGCGCCGCUCGGACGUGGCGCCGCAGCGGGCGAGCCCAAGACACUGGAGCUGCGGCCUGCCGGCAUCUGGACGUGCCGCGUGGGCCUGGCCGAGACGCUUGCGCACUGGCACGUGCCAGGCCCUGAGGACAUCGUCGAUGCGCUCGUCGAGCUGGCGGGCCUGCAGAAGCCGCAUGUGACCCAAGAGGCCAAGGAGGUGCAGGACGGAGCAGAGGCCUAGUAAGGCGACUUCGCGCGGUCCCUCUCUCGGACACCCCUCUCGUCCUCGCAGCACCACACUCACUCUCUAGACGCUGCCCCGCUCCUGCUCUCUUUCCGCCUGCCUUCGUUCUCGUCCCGUCUAGAUUCCACACACAGCCCGAUACACCACGCAGAAAGCAAAGAUGCCUCCGACUCAAGCUCGAGUGAGAUGCAG